AUGGCGGAGCAGUUGGCCCGCAUCUUCGGGACAGAGGAGGACCGCGUGAACUGCCCGUUCUACUUCAAGAUUGGCGCCUGCCGAAAUGGAGACCAGUGCAAUCGCCUUCACAACAGGCCAACCAUGAGCCAGACGCUCCUGCUGUCCCACAUGUACCCCAACACGCCAGAGUCGCUCGCCCUCGCUAACGACGAGCCCUGGGACGACGACAUGUACGACCGCGCUCAGCAGCACCUGGAGGCGUUUUACAUCGAGGUGUUCCUGGAGCUUGCCAACUACGGUGAAAUCGAAGAUCUGGUCGUGGUCGAUAACCUCUGCGAUCACAUGAUCGGAAACGUGUACGUGAAGUACUACCACGAGGAGGACGCCGAGCGAGCUCUCAUGAAGUUGACUGGGCGCUUUUACAGCGGAAAGCUCAUGCAGGCCGAGUACACCACAGUGUCAGACUUCCGCGAAGCGCGCUGUCGCGCGUUCCACGAGACCCGCUGCAACCGAGGGGCCUACUGCAAUUUCAUGCACAUCAAGCACAUCCCUCGUGCCAUCAAGCGCCGCGUCGUGCGCGAGAUGUACGACGACCACCCAGAGUACUUGGGGCAGACCCGGGGAAGCAAGAAGGACAAGGACAAGGACAAGGACAGGGACCGGGACCGCAAGAAGGACAAGGACAAGGACCGCGAGCGCAGCCGCAGCCGGCGUCGCGACAAGGAGAAGAAGGAUCGCGGCGACGGCGGUGGUGACAAGGACGGAGCUCCUCCUGCUCGCCAGACGUCCGAGGAGCGCCGCGCCAUGAUCGCGCAGUGGAACCAGGACCGUGAAGGGGGCGGCGGCGGAGGCGUGAUUGGUUGA